UACAACAUAGUGUUUUUAUAAAGAGCCAGUACCUUUCUGAAGGAAAGUAAACAUGCAUUUGGGAAACAAUGGGUCAGUCUUUAGAAUAUUUCUAAUGAUCACAGAAUUUUUAGGCUUUACAUUAUUGUUUCAGCAUCACAGAAACAGCAGUGAACAAGCAGCUUCUGGGCUACAGAAAGUACUUUUCAUUACAAGUGCAUUACAUAUCAACAUUACAUGGUUCUAUUUCUGUUUGUUUCAGACAACACUAAUUUCAGGAUGGGCUCCAUCAGUGCAGCAAAUGCAGAAUUUUGUUUUGAUGUAUUCAAUGAGCUGAAAGUCCAGCACACAAAUGAGAACAUCUUGUAUUCCCCCCUGAGCAUCAUUGCAGCCUUGGCCAUGGUCUAUAUGGGAGCAAGAGGCAACACUGAGUAUCAGAUGGAGAAAGCUCUUCACUUUGACAGCAUUGCAGGACUUGGAGGAAGCAGCCAGACAAAGUGUGGCAAAUCUGUGAACAUGCACAUAUUGUUUAAAGAACUCCUCUCUGAUAUUACCACAUCAAAAGCCAAUUAUUCACUUCGCAUUGCCAACAGACUCUAUGCAGAAAAGUCACGUCCUGUCCUACCGAUUUACCUGAAAUGUGUCAAGAAACUGUACAGAGCAGGUCUGGAAACAGUGAACUUCAAAACAGCAUCAGACCAAGCCAGACAGCUCAUUAACUCCUGGGUGGAAAAGCAGACAGAAGGACAAAUCAAAGAUUUGCUUGCAUCAAGCUCUGUCGAUCUUGAUACAACGCUGGUCCUUGUUAAUGCCGUUUACUUCAAAGGGAUGUGGAAGACAGCAUUUAAUGCAGAAGAUACUCGAGAAAUGCCCUUCAGUGUAACAAAGCAAGAAAGCAAACCUGUGCAAAUGAUGUGUCUGAACAAUACCUUUAAUGUGGCCACGCUGCCUGCAGAGAAAAUGAGGAUCCUGGAGCUCCCAUACGCCAGCGGAGAGCUGAGCAUGUUGGUGCUGUUGCCUGAUGAGGUUUCUGGCCUGGAGCGGAUUGAGAAGACAAUUAGCUUUGAAAAACUCACGGAAUGGACCAAUCCCAAUAUGAUGGAGAAGAGGAGAAUGAAAGUGUACCUGCCCCGUAUGAAGAUUGAGGAAAAAUAUAACCUCACAUCUGUCUUAAUGGCUUUGGGAAUGACCGACCUGUUCAGCCGUUCAGCCAAUCUGACUGGCAUUUCUUCAGCAGAGAGCUUGAAAAUAUCCCAGGCUGUGCAUGGGGCCUUCAUGGAACUCAGUGAAGAGGGCACUGAGAUGGCAGGCUCCACAGGGGUGAUAGAACACAUCAAGCAUUUCUCUGAAUUAGAAGAGCUUAGGGCUGACCACCCAUUCCUCUUCUUGAUCAAACACAACCCAACCAACACCAUUGUCUACUUUGGCAGAUACUGGUCCCCUUAAGAGAGAAAGAGCUAGCAAUAAUACAUGCCUUCCCCUCAGAAACAAAAUUCCUUUACCAUAGUGUUAUAGCAUAAUCUUAUCUCUUCCAUAGAAAAGACACACCUACAGGAGAGGAGACAGCACCAAGAACACUUACUCCUUCCCUUCUUGCAUUGGUUUCAGAAUGGUUUGAUAUGAGCUAAGACUGAGCCAACAAGAUGGUGAGAAUGAAGACACCUAUCAGCCAUGAAGGUGAUGAGUGAUUUUCACCCAAGGAAUAAAUAGUAGGAAUGACCUUAAGUCCUUGGGAGCCCAUUACAUAGAAAGCAACGAGCUUUGCUUAUUCCAUUCCCUGGUAAUAUACUGCUGACAAACCCAUGUUACCAUUCUUGAAACACGGGCUUUGAGAUCUCCAGUCUAGAGGGGAUGUUUGUGGAAGAGUUUCUGGUGUGCAGGUUAUUGAUUCAUGAUGAUAUCGAUUUUAUUUUUUUUAUUGGGUAACCACGCAAUGGUAUACAUGUUCACUAUCACUGGAGUUGUCCUCUCACCAUAAGUUCCUCACCUAAUUCUGAAUUUCUUGUAGAGGUUCUUCAAAGUACUGAAGAGUCUCCCAUCCACUUUAGGGAAGGGAAAUUGAUCUAGUUUUGCAUAGGUGCAGUUAUGCCUUUUCUCAGAGUGGAGAUUCAAAGCCUGAACCCAGGAGAUCCAGCGAUUCUUAUGAUCCAGAACUCAGUGAGAUCCACUGGGCAAAAGAACUGUCUAAAUUUUUGUUUAAAACUUUGGAAGACACUUCA